AUGAAUAGUAGAAUAAUAUUUAAUAAAAUUUCUUUUAUAAGAAGUUGUUCAUCUAAAGCAAAAACUGAAUUAAAAGUUCAAUUACAGGAAGAACUACAAGUAAUUAAGAAUGCUGGAACAUAUAAACAUGAAAGAAUUAUUACCGGACCACAAGGAACAAUAAUCAAGACUAAAAAUAAUACAAAACCAUUAUUAAAUUUUUGUUCAAAUAAUUAUUUAGGUUUAUGUAGUCAUCCUGAUGUAAUUCAAGAAUCACAUAAUUAUAUCGAUAAAUAUGGUGCUGGUUUAGGAUCAGUAAGAUUUAUCUGUGGAACUUUAGACAUUCAUCAUCAACUUGAAAAAAAAAUUGCAAAAUUUCAUCAAAAAGAAGAUUCAAUUCUUUAUUCUUCUUGUUUUGAUGCAAAUGCUGGAAUUUUCGAAGUACUAACAUCUACGGAAGACGCCAUUGUUUCUGAUGAGUUAAAUCACGCAUCCAUUAUUGAUGGUAUAAGAUUAGCAAAAGCUAAAAAAUUUCGUUACAAACAUUUAGAUGUCAAUGAUUUAGAACAAAAAUUAAUUGAGGCAAGAAAUAAUGGUGUUAGAAGAAUUAUUAUAGCAACAGAUGGUGCAUAUUCAAUGGAUGGUGAUAUUGCUCCACUCAAAGAAAUAUGUGAUCUUGCUGAUAAAUAUAAAGCUUUGGUAUUUGUUGAUGAAUGUCAUGCUACAGGAUUUCUUGGAAAAACUGGUAGAGGAACUGAAGAAGCAUUAGGAAUUGGAUAUAAUCGUGUUGACAUAAUUAAUUCUACCCUUGGGAAAGCUGUUUCUGGAUCAAUGGGAGGAUACACUUGUGCAUCAUCAGAAAUUGUAGAGAUUCUUAGACAAAAAAGUAGACCAAGUUUAUUUAGUAAUGCUUUACCACCAAGUGUUAUUGGUAGUGCAUCAAAAGCAUUUGAUUUAUUAAUGGAUCCAAAAAAUAAUUUUACAAAAAAUUUACAAGCCAAUGUAACUCAUUUUAGAAAUGAGAUGAAAAAUGCAGGUUUUACUGUUUUAGGAAAUCCAUCACAUCCUAUUUGUCCAGUUCUUUUAAAAGAUGCUAAACUUGCUGGAGAAUUUGCAGAUAAAAUGCUUAAUGAAGGAAUAUAUGUUAUUGGUUUUUCAUUUCCAGUAGUUCCCAAAGGACAAGCUCGUAUUAGAGUUCAAAUUGGACCUCAUACAAUUGAUCAAAUCAAUUUAUGUAUAAAUGCAUUUAAAAAAAUUGGAAAAGAAUUAAAAGUAAUAUAA